AUCUGUUGCUAUCUCUCUAUAAAUAGAGUGAUGGGAUGGAUUUGAAAAGAGAGAAAACACAGUAACAUAAAAUCUUUUUAAAAACAAAAUAAUAUUGGAGAAGGAGGGUGAUAGAGAGAAAGGAGAAGGAAGCUCAAUGUCGCCGAGGGAACAACGAAACCUCAGAGAGAAAGAGCGACGAACGCGCAUGAAAGAUCUCUUCAUUAUACUCUCUUCUCAUGUUUCUCCCACUCAUAGGUUACCAGUACCUCAACUUAUAGAUCAAGCGACAUCAUACAUGAUCCAAUUGAAAGAAAAGGUAAAUUAUCUGAGGGAGAAGAAAAUGAGUUUGUUAGGAGAAAUGGGGAAUUACUCUGAACGGUCAUCGUCUCUUCUGCCGAAACUCAGUAUAUAUUCGAGGGACUCGACCAUAGAAAUGAAUCUGAUUAUGGAUCUGAACAUGAAAAGAGUAAUGUUACACGAGCUUGUAAGCGUUUUUGAAGAAGAGGGAGCCCAAGUUAUGAAUGCUAAUCUUCAGAACUUGAAUGAUAGGAUGAUCAUUUAUACAAUCGUAGGCCAGGCUAUCAUAUGUCGGAUCGGAAUUGAUCCAUCAAGGAUAGAAGAGAGAGUAAGGGAUCUCAUCUUUUGAUGAAGCACAGAAUCAGUAUCAAAGUCCGAAUCAUUAGUCUACAUUACACUAGCUAGUGUUAAUGCAAUGUUUUAGAGUACUUUUUGAAAAUGUAUAGUUCUUUAAAUUCUUUAUAACGUUGGUUUUUGAGUUCGAUAUGUAAGCAUGCAUGCGUCAACGAUUAAAAAUACAUUUCUUGAUUGAUGA